UGAAGAUACUGAGGAACAAACAGACCCGAUGGCGCUGAAACAGGAGAGUCAAGAACAGAAUGAAAAGGAAGAGAAAGAUCAAAACGAGAAACAUCACGAUUUCAAAACUGAAGAAAAAACGAUUAGUUGCUCACCGAAUGAAAAGACUUCCUCACCAAAAAAAGCUGAAAAAACACAAAACCUUAAUUCCCACAUGAUCAUUCACACUGGAGAGAAGCCAUUCACCUGCCAACAGUGUGGAGAGAUUUUCAAUCAAAAAGAAAGCCUUAAAGUCCACAUGAAAAUUCACAUUGAAAAGAAACCGUUAAUAUGCCCUCGGUGUGGAAAAUGUUUUAAAUGGAAAAAAAACCUUGGGACACACAUGAGAAUUCAUACCGAAGACAGACCUUACACCUGUGAACAGUGUGGAAAGAGUUUCAGGCUCAAAGAAAGCCUAAAGACUCACAUAAGAAGUCACACUGGAGAGAGACCUUACAUCUGCAAACUGUGUGGGAAGAGUUUCACACAAAAUGGACAUCUUACGACUCACAUGAGAGUUCACACUAAAAAGAAGCCAUUUAUAUGCUCUCAGUGUGGAAAGUGUUUUACACAGAAAAGAACCCUCGAUGCCCACAUGAGAGUUCACACUGGAGAGAAGCCAUUCACCUGCCAACAGUGUGGAAAGAGUUUCAGGCUCAAAGAAAGCCUAAAGACUCACAUAAGAAGUCACUCUGGAGAGAAGCCAUUCACAUGUGAUCAGUGUGGAAAGAGUUUCAGAUAUAAAGAAAACCUUAAUAAGCACAUGAAAAUUCAUUCAGCAGAGAACGGUUUUAAAUGUCAUCAGUGUGAAAGGAGUUUCACAGACACAAAUCACCUUCAGGAUCAUGUUAAAAUUCACAUCGGAGAAAAGCCUCUCAUGUGCCAUCACUGUGGAAAGAGUUGCUCAAGAGAAGAUAACCUCAAAGUUCACUUGAGAAUUCACACUGGAGAGAAACCUUUCACCUGCGAACAGUGUGGAAAGAGUUUCAGGGUUAAAGAAUACCUUCAGAUUCACAAGGUAGUUCACACUGGAGAGAAGCCUUACAAGUGUCCUCAGUGUGAGAAGAGAUUCACAUGUCAAGGCAGCAUGAAACGUCAUUUGAAAGCUCAUUCUGGGAAGAAACUGCCAUUUUCUUCAGUGUGACAAGAGGUUUAGAAAAAGGAGCAAUUACUACAAUCAUCUGCUCGAUCAUUUUGGAAGACAUUAUUUUCGUUUCUGCAUAUACAUUCCUGUGGCCAUUCCUGACCGUCUGCUUUGCUGUAGUUUCAAAUAUUGAACGGUUGUUGAGAUUCCCUCAAAUGUUGACUGUGUACUCGACAGGCAGCCCGCGGGCCGUAUCCGGCCCAACUGCAUUAAUGUUGUGGCCCGCGUCAUGCUGAAGAUGAAUGUAUUUUUAUUCAAAUUUACACUCAAAAGUAGCACAAAUAUUAAGCAGAGUGACUGUAUGCUUGUGUCGCUUAAAUGCAGUUGAUACUCCUGACACUUUGCAUUGUGUAAAUGGCAGAAAGUCCUCUUAGUAGCAACAAACAAUAAACAAACUUUUAUUCAAAUUGUGAAUGGGAUAAAACAAGCAAAAAGCGCUCCCAUUACAAUGAAUAGAGCUGUAAUCACGUCUAUUCUUUCACGUAGUUCCCUAUCUGUCGGUCACUACGAG